ACACUUGCCCUCUUCAACCCCACCACACCACUCCUGAUUUGAGAGUAAGACAAUAUCUUCCCCCUCCUCCUCCUCCUCCUCCUCUUCUCUCUCUCUCUUUCUCUGUGUUUCAGUAUGGAAAUGGACCAGUCAAGAAGGCAGAUGGAGUUGAAUAAGCAUCAUCAGAUGAUGGAAGAAGCUGCUGAAGAAGAAGAAGAGGCCACUCUUGAUUGGAGAGGCAGACCCUCCGAUCCUAGCAAGCAUGGUGGCAUGAGAGCUGCCUCCUUCCUUCUUGGGCUGCAGGCGUUUGAGAUAAUGGGGAUAGCGGCGGUGGGCAACAACCUCAUAACCUACGUGAUCAAUGAGAUGCACUUCUCCCUCUCCAAGUCAGCCAACACCGUCACCAACUUCGUCGGCACCAUCUUCAUCCUCGCCCUUCUCGGCGGCUUCCUAUCCGACUCCUACCUCGGCUGCUUCUGGACCAUCCUCAUCUUCGGCUUCCUUGAGCUCUCCGGUUUUAUAUUGUUGUCGGUGCAAGCGCACUUGCCCCAGCUCAAACCACCGAAAUGCGACAUGAUGCACCCCGGAGUCGAUGAGCCAUGCAUCGAGGCCAAGGGGUUCAAGGCCCUCAUAUUCUUAGUGGCACUCUACUUGGUAGCCCUAGGGAGUGGGUGCGUCAAGCCCAACAUGAUAGCUCAUGGGGCCGACCAGUUCAACACCAACAGCCCCAAGCAGGCUAAGCGGCUCUCCUCCUACUUCAACGCUGCCUACUUCGCCUUCUCCCUCGGCGAGCUCUUCGCCCUGACCGUCCUAGUCUGGGUCCAGACGCACUCCGGGAUGGACGUCGGGUUCGGGGUUUCCGCCGCUGCCAUGGCCAUGGGGUUGAUCAGCUUGGUGUCGGGGACUUUCUAUUACCGUAAUAAACGCCCUCGUGGAAGUAUCUUCACGCCGAUCGCUCAGGUUUUUGUGGCAGCAAUACGAAAGAGGAAUUUGGAUCUUCCAUCAAACACACAAAUCCUUCACGGAAGCCAAGACAAUGUGCCAAAUAACAAAAGCAAUGGUGGCAACCUUUUACACACCGAAAGGUUCAGGUUCUUGGACAAGGCAUGCAUCAAGACACAAGACCAGGCAAAGGCAACGGAGAGCCCAUGGAGGCUAUGCACAGUGACCCAAGUGGAGCAAGUGAAGACACUCAUCUCAGUCAUCCCAAUCUUUGCAUGCACAAUAGUGUUCAAUACCAUCUUAGCCCAACUUCAAACCUUCUCAGUCCAGCAGGGCAGCUCCAUGGACACCCACCUCACCUCCUCCUUCACCAUCCCCCCUGCCUCCCUCCAGUCCAUCCCUUACCUCCUCCUCAUCCUCCUCGUCCCCCUCUAUGAUCGCCUCUUCGUCCCCUUCGCCCGACGCCUCACCGGCCACGAGUCGGGGAUCUCCCCGCUCCUCCGCAUUGGCCUCGGCCUCUUCCUCGCCACCUUCUCCAUGAUCGCCGCCGCCCUCAUGGAGAAGAAGAGGAGGGAUGCCGCCGUGAGGUCGGGCCACGUCCUCUCCAUCUUCUGGAUCACGCCUCAGUUCCUCAUCUUUGGGCUGUCAGAGAUGUUCACAGCGGUCGGGCUUAUCGAGUUCUUCUACAAGCAGUCCCUCAAGGGGAUGCAGGCCUUCCUCACCGCCAUCACCUAUUGCUCGUACUCGUUCGGGUUCUACUUUAGCUCGGUGUUGGUGUCACUGGUGAACAAUGUGACCUCGUCGGGCAAUGGCGGCGGGUGGCUGAGGGACAAUGAUCUGAACAAGGACAGGCUUGAUCUCUUCUACUGGCUGUUGGCAGUUCUCAGCUUCCUUAACUUCCUCAACUACCUCUUCUGGUCGAAGUGGUUCUCUUACAAUCCAUCCACAAUCAGUUCAUUGGUCUCACAAAACAACAAAGAAGUCAACUGUGAGGAGGGCUUGAUGAUGGCCAGCAACCCUAACAACAUGAUGAUCAAGAGAGUUGGGGGGAAUGAUAAUUAUCACAGUAUGCCAUAAUAAUAAUUUUUAAUUAUAAUUAAUUAUUAGGUAAGUUUUUUUUUUGGGGGUUUUGCCAAAUAGAAUAUUCAUGUAACAAAAGCAUAUAGUAAUCAUGAUGGAAGCAUGAUGUCAUAUAUAGCUCGAGAGGGGAGGAACCAUAUAUUAACCCUCGACCAAGGAUUUAGAAGUUUGCAUCAUUGAGGAAGGUGAUGCCCGUGCAGACCGGAUCACUGACUUCGAUCAAACUCUUGAUCAUGUUGGAACUUAGUUCGAUUCUCUCGCUUGGUGCUCCGAUGCAAUGUAACAUGUAACGACUUUUCGGGGUUUUAAUUAGCUGGCCCCUUCCAUGACUCGAAUAAAGAAGGAAAGAGAAGGAAAUUGGCAUACAUGUACACCAAUAAACCAAUGUAUCUCUCUGUGCAGUGCCCUAGCUAUAGGUAACUACUGGCUAGCUCCUAUGUUGCUCCCAUCAAUGGUGGAGUUUAAUUUGAAGGGAUUGAUGAGCACCUCAGCUUUUUGGCCGAUUGACUUGAUAAA